AUGGAUUUCUUGAAGCUCCUGGCCCUCCACCACCAUACUAUUGUAGCAGUCAUCCUCAACAUGCUGGCCCUCUGUCUUUCUACCACAUCAUUCCUUAGCAGCUACUGGUGUGUGGGCACACAGAAAGUGCCCAAGCCCUUAUGUGGGAAGAGUACGGCCUCGAAGUGUAUUGGCAUGCUAGUGCCCUUCGAUGGGGGUAGCGGCAAUACAUCAAGCCAGGAGGUGGUAAACUACAGCUGGGAGACAGGAGAUGACCGCUUCUCCUUUCGCUAUUUCCAUGCUGGCAUGUGGCUCUCUUGUGAGGAAAACAUGGAAAGCCCAGGAGAGAAGUGCCGCAGUUUCAUUGAACUCACACCACCAGUAGAAAGAGGAAUACUUUGGUUAUCCCUGGGGUCAGAGAUUGUCUACAUCAGUCUGCUAUCCAUCAGCCUCCUCCUACUGCUACUGGAAUUAUUAUUCCCUGGAAACCCUGGCUGUGGACUUAAGCUUAAUGCCUUUGCUGCUAUGUCCUCAGUCUUAUCAGGCCUUUUGGGGAUGGUGGCACACAUGAUGUACUCACAAGUUUUCCAGGCAACUGCCAACUUGGGACCAGAAGACUGGAGACCACAUACUUGGGAUUACGGCUGGGCCUUCUACAUGGCCUGGGUUUCUUUCACCUGUUGCAUGAUGUCAGCCAUAACAACCCUCAACACCUACACCAAGAUGGUAUUGGAAUUUAAAUGCAGCCAUUACAAAUCCUUCAAACAGAACAUGAGUCACUCACCAUCACUACACUACCCAUGCCUUCUGCUGCAGCAACAGCAACAGCGGCGGCAACAGCAGCGGCAGCCACUGACUCCAACCCACUCCACGGAUCGACUGAGCGGUUAUUACCAGGAAAAAAACCAGUCUGUCCACUCGGUCUCUGGAGAGGCUGAUUUUUGCUCAGAGCUACAGGAGAACGUGCUUUCACAAGAGCCUAGGAUGGAAUUAUGUGAAGUGAUUGAAUCAUUAGUGGAGGAUGAGCAAUGUUAGGACUGCAAUGGGAGGGGCAGGAGAGAAUCAGGAGGAAGGGGGUGAAGAGGAUAAGUCCUGCCUUCCAUAGCUACUGAGAAUAUGUGCACAACUCCAAAAUUCCUUUUUAAGCAUGGAUUUUGGACCCUGAGAGCAAGGCUGUCUGUCAGCACAAGUCCCCAAAGCUUCCCAAAUCCCUCCAGAUGCCUCGUAUUCCCAUCUCACCAUUCCCUACUAUGUAACAAGGGUCUAUUUUCUACUUCAUUUAGCCUGUCUGGGGUUGGGAGAAUUAGAAACUGUCAAUGUGAUUGUGGUUAGCAUCUGAAUUUUUAGCACUUCUCGUAUAGUCAAGUAUACUAGAGUCAUCCUGGCUAGCGUGAGAUGAAAACAGAAGACAUCAUAAAGGGAUUUGGUGUCACAUGUGACAUCUCAGUUUUCUUUGUAUUCUCCAUGGUGUUUAGCAUUGUACCUUUCCCUUGUUAGGUGCUCAAUAAAACAAAAUUCUGGUUCAAGACCAUUGGGAGGAGUCAAGGGAUACACUUUCAUUCUUGUCCCAUCUCUAAAUCCUAUUAUUUUCCUUCUCCUUGCUCCUUCCAAUGACUUUCCUCUUACUUAUUUGUCCAUAAAAUAAUUCCA